AUGGCCAACGGGACCAACGCCUCCACCCCGUACUACAGCUAUGAAUACUACCUGGACUACCUGGACCUCAUUCCUGUGGACGAGAAGAAGCUGAAAGCCCACAAACAUUCCAUCGUCAUUGCCUUCUGGGUGAGCCUGGCUGCCUUCGUGGUGCUCCUCUUCCUCAUCUUGCUCUACAUGUCCUGGUCGGGCUCCCCGCAGAUGAGGAACAGCACCCAGCACCCCCAAACGUGCCCCUGGAGUCACAGCCUCCACCUGCCCCUCUGCAUCCAGAGGCACCUGCAACGCCACAGGCCCCCCCAGGGGACCUCACAGGCUGCACCCAGCUCGGGAGCAGACCCAGGGAGCAGAGCUGGCCCUGACCAGUGGCUGCGGCAGGAGAGCCCCUCAGCCUCACCCCAGGCCAAAGCCACUCUCCUCUGGGAGCUGGCCCUCGAUGGGGGCCCCAAGGCAUCAGCUGACGUCAGGAACAAGCCCCAGGAGCCCCCCCGAGACAAAACCUCGCAGUUGCAGAACUGA